CGACGUCUUCGUGUACUUCAGCCAUCACACGGUCACCAUCCCCCCAGUGUGCUGGACCAACGCUGCCCACAGGCAUGGGGUCUGUGUGCUGGGUGAGAGCCGGGCGAGCUGCCGGCAAAAUGUGGGCCGGCGGUACAGGCUGGCAGAAGCGGUCCUGGGCCAGAGGGACUUUCAUCACAGAGUGGACGGAAGGCGGGAGGCUCUGUGAAGCCUUCCUGGCCGGCACCGAGCGCUCCUAUCAGGCCGUGGCCGACCAGCUCGUCCAGAUCGCCGAGUUUUUUCGUUUUGAUGGCUGGCUGAUCAACAUCGAGAAUACUCUGAGUCCGGCCGCUGUGAGGAACAUGCCUCCCUUUCUCCAGUACCUGACCGCUCGGCUACAUCGGCAGGUGCCAGGGGGCCUGGUGCUCUGGUACGACAGCGUGGUGCAGACUGGGGAGCUCAAGUGGCAAGAUGAGCUGAACGGGCACAACAGGGUCUUCUUCGACUCCUGUGACGGCUUCUUCACCAACUACAACUGGCGGGAGGAGCACCUGCAGCGCAUGGUGGAGCAGGCCGGGGAGCGCCUGGCCGACGUGUACGUGGGGGUGGACGUGUUCGCACGGGGCAACGUGGUCGGAGGCCGAUUCAACACACACAAGUCGCUGGAGCUGAUUCGAAAGCAUGGCUUCUCCGUGGCGCUGUUCGCGCCCGGCUGGGUGUACGAGUGCCUGGAGAAGCGCGAUUUCUUCCAGAACCAGGACAAGUUCUGGAGCCUGCUGGAACGCUUCCUGCCCACACACAGCAUCUGCUCCCUGCCCUUCGCCACCUCGUUCUGCCUGGGCUUGGGCACGCGCAGGGUCUGCUACGGCCAGGAGCAGGUGGCGGGGCCGUGGUACCACCCGAGCGCCCAGGAGACGCAGCCGCUGUUUGGAGAGCACAGGCUGGGCGGGGCCGGCGGGGGCUGGGUGAAGGCGCACUGCUGCCUGGCGGACGCCUGGCACGGGGGCAGCUCCCUGCUGCUCCGCGGAGUGAUCCCGCCCGAGGCUGGCAGUGUGGCUGUGAGGUUGUUCUCCCUGCAGGUGCCGCUGCCGCCCACAGUCUUCCUGUCCAUGGUGUUUAAGUUCGAAGAGCCCACGGCUGUCAGAGUGGCCUUGGAGCUCACCACUGGGGAUGCCGGCGGCUGCCACGUCGGGGGCAUCUCCGUGCUGACCGAAGAGGUGGGCCCAAGGCACAGACCCCAACCCCUCCGGGUGCCGCCGAGCAGACUGGCCAGGCGGGCGGGCCGCUGUGGCCGGCCGCUGGGCGGGGGCUGGAUCCAGCGCUGCUACGAGGUGAACCUGCGAGGGUGCCUUCUGCACGACCUUCUUGUGAGCUUCUCCCGGCCUCCGGGCAGCCGGGAGCAGGAGAGCUUCGUCUGUCGCCUUGGGGAGAUCCAGGUGGUGGACGCCCACAGCCUGCUGGCCCCCCUGCCCCGAGUGCAGGCCGUCACCGUGUCCCAGGUGCGCUGGCAGCCGGCCGCCUCGGAGCAGGCCGCUCCUGCCCAGCUGCAGCUCGGCUGCACCCUGCACUGGUCCCCGCUGCCCCAGGUCCGCUGCUUCCGAAUCCACUGCCGGAGGGGCCCACCCGCGCCGGUGCCGGAGAAGCCCACGUUCCUGGGCCUGGCCUUUGCCUGCCAGUAUCGGGUAGUGGACGUGGCUGUGGAGGCCCCCGGGCCUGGCCAGGAGGGCCGCGUGGAGUUCCUCGUGGAGCCUGUGCCCAGGGAGGGCUUUGCGGCGCCUCAGGCCGAGUGGGGCAGGGCGGUACUGCUCUUCUCCCAGCCCGAGUGAGCCCACGGUAGAGCGCCCGGCUUUCCUGGGGCCUCUGGCCCGGCCCGUGGGCAGGGGCUGCCUCCAGGCCCCUGGAAGGCCGGGUCCCCGGGCCUCAGGCCGUUGACCGUGGCUUUUGGUGGCAGCAAAGCCGGGAAGUCGGCACGUGCGGUGUGCAGGUCGAGGGGAAGGCUUGGGGCGCUGCAGCCGUGGCCCCGCCCGGGGCCUUUCCCGCCAGGCUGUUUCUGCCGAGAACGGCGACGCGCGUGCCCACGGUGCGCUGGACGAGCCGCUCGCGGUGGGACCUGCUGAGGGUUUGUCUUCUCUCCUUCCCGUCGCCCCGCUUUGGUUCACGUUCCAGGGGCCUGCGACGGCCAGGACUGGGAACUCCGUCCAGGUCUCUGACGAGGGUGCGGGGACCCGACCCCCCGAGCUGUCACUGUGGGCGGCCUCCCAGGGUGCGCGUCUGCUGGAGUCGGGCGCUGGCGCUGGCAUUGACCCUGGUAGUCUGAUCUGGGACGUUGGCCCCUUCACUGCCAGGCUGAACGCCCGCCCCAACUCCCUAGGGCCUCUCAGGACCCCACCCCCCAGCCUCUGAGGGUGGGGCACGUGGUGCCCUGGGAGAUUGGGCCAGGCAGCUGCGGGCCUCACGUGGGCGAGGCGGGGCGUACCACCCCAAUAUUAACUGGCUUUGGCAGCUGUCAUUACGUGUCUUAUUUCUGGAAUGUUCUCCUGGUUCCACUGUCUUUCCCCCUCCUUCACUUCUGAGCCUCACAGGACACUCAGAGGUGUGGGCCCCUGGAGCAGGUGCAACACAGGUGCGUGGGGCUGUGACCCCUCCCUUCCCUCCCCCCUCCUCUGCCCACGCCCCCAGGCCAGCCUAGGCGGCUGUGUCCAUGAGCUGAAGGCAGCUCUGCGGCCACCUAGGCGGCGUGGUGCUUCCUCUUGGUAUCCCCUCGCCCUGCCCACGCCGUCCCUCCCCUCCAGGCCCGUGCAGUGUCCGCCAUGGUUACAGGCUUGGAGCCGUAUGUCCCUGGUUCUUGGGAGUCUCGCUGCAGGGCGCGCGGGGCCCUUGAGGAGGACCUGUCUCCAGCUGUAGUGAGGGAGGAGGCCAGCAGGUGGCAGGACAGCUGUGUCCCAUUUGCUGGUUCUUGGAGAGUGUAGGUCCUACAGGGCUCUCCCAGCACUCACGCGUGGGAGGCGGGAAGCCUGGGGGAAGUGGGAACGUUCUCCUGUGCCUGUCCCUUGUGAGACUGGCGAGUGAGCCUGGCCAGGACCGGGGCGACCCGUUCUCUUGUGCCUAUCCCUGGUGAAACUGUCGAGUGAGCCUGGCCAGGACCGGGGCAACCCGUGCCUGGGCCCGCCCGUCCCAGCUCGCCAGAACACUUCUGCCUGCUGCCUGGAGCCCCUCACCCAGGGUUUCCUGUGAGUCCUGGGUUCUGUUCCACUUGGAACGAGGGGGCGCUGGUGAGCGGCAGGCGCAGGCGGGGGCCCCUUGUGGCACCGACACCUCGCCUCCCUUAGCUCACCAGGCCAUUUUAGAGAAAGUGCUGGUUUCCUUGAGCAUUUUACAGGGAGGAGGAGCAACCUCUGGUGCGCGAGCAGCCAGGGCGGUAGCGGUGCGGCGGGGUCCCCAGGGCCGGCCCGCAGCCUGUGCAUCCGCUCUGAAAUAAAUGACCCCAUAAAGCUGAAAACGAGGACUCGUGUCUUGGUGAGGUCCGGCUCCUCCCGGCCCUGGUGUUGAAGCUGCUGCCCUGGUUCCCGCCACCCUUCCCCCAGUGGGGCCUGGGCCCAGGGGCUGGAGGAGUGAGCUGCCCUGAACACGCCCCAGGGCCCCUUCUGCCCACUCCUGUGCGCAGCCGGCCACUGUGGCUGGGCUCGCCCAGCCUCCCCCGACUGCUGGGACGCAUUCUGCUUGGCACUGCGGCUGUGCUGGCCUCGGGGUGCACCUGGAGCACUGGGCAAGGCCUUCAGACCCCUGAACCCCAGCCUGCCCCCCGUGACUUCUGCCCUGUGCCCCCAGCCGCCGAGUCAGAGCUGUCCUGGCUUGGAGAAAGAGGUCUUUAUUAAUAAUCUGGGUGGGACACCGCUCGUCUGGAUGGUCACCUCGGAAGCAUUACAGAAUGGUAAGAAAGGAAGCCUGGCGCUCGGCCGCGGUCCUGGGGGAGGGGCCCGAGGAGGGGGCAGGAGUCCGAGCUGCUGCGAGAAACGGGCCCGAGACAGCAGAGGGCCGAGGGCGCUCUGGGCGGGGCCAGAGCCGGAGGCAGGUGCAGGGCUAUGUACAAUGGGAAUAGAAAAGGGAGUAGGGGCUGACGCCGGAUAGAGUGAGGUGUAGUCUUCAGGGCUGGAGUCUGGUGACCGUGGCGCCGCCCUGGGAGCCCACCUGUCCUGCUGCUGUCCGCCACUCCCCUGCUCUAGCCCCCCCGCCUUGCCAGGCCCUCCCUGCCCACCACCCAGUACCUGCAGCCCCGGCCCUCUUCCUGAGGGUUCUCCACCAGCUGGGGCCGCCCAGCCCCAUAGCACCGAGACUCCACCCUUGGGUGCAGCUGGGCACUGGCCGGCCCUGCCCCUGCCUCUCUCCCCCUCCCCCCAGCACUGAGCUCUUCAGGGCAGGUCGGGAGGGCUGCAUCCCAGCAGGCAGCGGGCGGCCAGGCCAGCGUUUGCUCACGGACCCGGGGCCGCCUCCUGGAGUGGGGGAGGCAGCCAGCAGGGCCUCCUCGGCCUCGGGCCCUGCCUGCCCAAGCUCAUGGGGGCCAGGAGCCCACCAGUUCUGGAACCACGAAAGCCCUUUGUGUUGAAGCAGACCCCAGCUUGCUCGCUGGCCACGGCACACGUGGGCAGCUGCGUGGCGGGAGGGGACUGGGGUCCCCGGGGCUGGAGAGCCGCCUACAUGGCACGGCUGGCGCCAGGUCCUGCUCUGCUCCGCUCCACUGCCGCCCCCGGCCCCCAGCCUUGGGGAGGGGGGCCAGCAAGGGAGACUGGGCAGACACAGGCACCCCCGCUGCCGGGCCAGCUCCCUGGUGCUGUGGGCGCCGCACGUGGGACUUGGUCGGAUGCCUCUUGGUUUGGUUGGUUUUUUGUUGCUUGGAUCUUAACAUCUUUUUUUGUUUCAUUUUUUGUUUUGUGAUUUUUUUGUUUUUUGUUUUUGCCCUUCAUGGUCCGAGGAGGAAAUGGCGGAAGGUUUCACUACAACAGAAACAGAAAGAUGGCACUGAGCGGCUGAGCCCCCAGCCGCCGGCUGCAGGCCGGUCCCGGC